AUGUCUGACGUUGAAGAAGUUGUUGAAGUUCAAGAAGAAGUUGUUGAACAAACUGCCGAAGUUACCAUUGAAGAUGCUUUAAAAGUUGUUUUAAGAACUGCUUUAAUCCACGAUGGUUUAGCUAGAGGUUUAAGAGAAUCUACUAAGGCUUUAACCAGAGGUGAAGCUCAAUUAGUUGUCUUAGUUUCCUCUGUCACCGAAGAUAACAUUAUUAAGUUAGUUGAAGGUUUAGCUAACGAUCCAAACAACAAGGUUCCAUUAAUCAAGGUUGCUGAUGCCAAGCAAUUAGGUGAAUGGGCCGGUCUAGGUAAGAUUGACCGUGAAGGUAACGCCAGAAAGGUUGUCGGUGCUUCUGUUGUUGUUGUCAAGAACUGGGGUGCUGAAACUGAUGAAAGAGCUAUGAUCUUAGAUCACUUCUCUCAACAAUAA